AUUUGAGACGACUAAAUCACAAGCCGCUAUUCAUCGCUUAUUAGUUUCCUUAUUCUUGCUUUACUGACAAAGAAAUGCCGAUGUUGAGAGAAGGGGUUGUGUCCAGAUACAUACAUGAGAAAUCUCUACCUUGAUUUUAUUUAGUAAUGAGAAAUAUAUUAAUAGCCAAACGACCGAGUGAAAACUGGUAAAACAGGAGUGAUGCCGCAGAGAAGAUGCCCAAAUUUCGAAACAUGAGUUUAAGUUUUAUCUCCGCCUACGAUUUAGGCCAACAGUCUGUUGCAAAAUGCUCUAAGGUUGAUAGUCUUUUUAAAACAAUACAGUAUCACAACCGAACAGUCAAAGCCGACAUGAAGAACGUCGUGGUGAAAUGUAAUGAAGAUAUUCCAUGUCGGUGCAGUUCAAAGCCAAGCUGUGUUGCAGUACGACUGAAAUCUCGAGAGAAUGAGCAAGAUUCUUGCUGGUCUUGGGUGAUAUGUUUCUGUGCAGCGAUAUCUAACAUCAUCGUGAUUGGACUUUCUUACAGUUAUGGUAUUCUUUUCCCUGUUUUAUUGGAAUAUUUCAAGAUGGAUAGAGCAACAACAGCAUGGGUUGGCUCUACGUUUUCGGCUACUACGUUUUUAUGUGGACCUGUGGCAGCGAAUCUUUGUAACCGUUAUGGCUGCCGAUUGACCGCCAUUUCUGGAGCCGUUCUCUGCGUACUUGGUCUUCUACUCACGUCCCAGGCUCCAAGCAUCUAUACCAUGUUUAUAAGCUUUAGUCUAGUGGUUGGAUUUGGCUGCUGUUGUGUCUACACGGCAUGUUUUGUCAUCGUCCCGAGAGUGUUCCAGAAAAGAAGGUCCCUUGCCGUCGGAAUGAUUUCCUUGGGGCCUGGUGGGGGUGUCAUGGUGAUGGCUCCUACUAUGCAGUUUCUGGUUGAUGGAUUUGGUUGGAGAAAGACCUUCCUCGUGCUAGCUGGAAUAACCGGUUUUACUAGUUUACUGUGCUGUGCGUUUGAUUCCAAGACAUUAAAGGAAGUAGGAGAAUCGAACGUGUCGCUGAACCAAAUCGAAGUCUCAGGUGAUGGGUUUGACACUUCUAUAUUCAGGAACAAGCGAUACAAUGUCCUUCUUGUCACCAGUUUUAUACUUUUCCUUGGGCUCCAUAAUGUGCAAGUUUAUCUGGUGGAAUUUAGUGGGACCCUCAACAUAUCUGCUAACGAUGCAUCGAUACUGUAUUUCUACAUUGGAGUCUUCUCCACAAUCAGUAGAUCAUCAUCUGGUUAUAUCUGUGAUAUCAUCCCAAUAAACCCUGUCUUUUUCGUCUUCACAGGAACCACCAUAGCAGGCAGUUCAAUAAUUCUUCUAUCUCACACAACUAGUUACAUUCAACUCGUUAUAUUUUCUGUUUUUUAUGGAUUUAGCGAAGGUCUACUUUGCGUGGUUUUAGGAAUAUUGCUUUUGAAUUCCGUCUCAAGAAGACAACGUAGCUUGGCCUAUGGUGUGUUUUUAUCUUUGACUGCUGUUCCUUUUGCAGCUUCUCCUCCUUUUAUAGGUUUUCUGGUCGAUACUUUUGGUACCUAUUCUCCUGGGUUUUGCUUCAGUGGUAUAUCUGUUAUUGUGAGUGGAUUCUGUGCUUUGCUUUUACUUUUCUUCGAUACGACGAAUAACCGACCAGAACGUGUAGACACCACUAGCACUUCAGCGGAUAUUUGUGUCGAGUAUAAACCAAUGGUCGAAAAAAUGACAGUGGUAUAGACACCCAGAGUGAUACACCCAAAUAUGUAUACACCCAAACAGUAAUUUAUGAAGACUAUAAGACUAUUGACUAUAACCAAUGGUCGAGAAAACUGAAAGUAGUGUCGAUACCCACAAUUUGAUAAGCCCAAAUAUAUACACCCAGACAGUAAUUUAUGAAGAUAUGCGUUGACUAUAACCAAUGGUCGAGAAAAUUGAAAGUGGUGU